AUGUUCGGUGAAAUGACAAACAAGCACGGAAUAUUUUGCCUCGUUUGUCUAAGCUUAGGGAUUGUUGUCGCAGACGCUGAGAAUGUCACUGAUGCCCAAGAAAAUAUUUUGUCACGACAGAAAAGAUAUUUAAUAUUUCCUCAAGGUAGCAAUGUUCAGCUGGUAUAUUGUUUAACUAUUGGAGCGUUUGCCCCAAGCCCGGAUCAAAUAGUGGUGGGAAUGACAGCUGCUUUGGCCUGGGAGCUCCCGAGUCAAGUCGAUAAAAAAAUAACUAAAUUACUGCACCGGCGAACAAGAAGCCUGGUCUUUCCUAAAAUCGAAGCCUUCCUUCAGUCCGCUGGGCUUGAUGGAAGAGCCUGUGUAAUGAGAGCAAUUUGUGAGGCUAGAAACCGCGAUAAUGAUAAAAUCGGUACUGGUACAUUUGUCCAAGAAGUUUUACACGCGAUUUUCAGAGUAUCCGAGUUGUCGACACUCCAUUUACGAACUCGACUUUUGACACUUUUACUUCUAUUCACCGAGGGAACUUUUAACAACUCGACAUCUUUAUUAAAAUUUUUUAUCCUGUCUUUACAAUUUAACAAAAAGAGAGCUACCAACGAGAUAUCUAAUAUUUCCCCAGGGCAGCAACGUCCAGGUAAGGCGAAUUUUUUUCCGCCGAAUAUAUUAGACCGAAAAAACAAUAUAAUGAAUUUGAUUUACUGUCUGACGAUCGGGACCUAUGCCAAGCCGGAAAGCUUCUUCACGGUAGGUGUGACUGCGGGGCUCGCUUGGGAGCUUCCUCACAGAGACACGGUGCCUUAUCGAAAACCCGCCGAGGUUUACCAUCGCCGCAGUAGGAGAGAGUUGUAUCCGAAAGUCGAGUCAAUAUUGACCACUAAUGACUAUCUUUGCGUAGAGAUACGAGCAUGGAUGCAAGAGAGUUCAUUGAAAGAGGUUGAUUGUAACCCAGUAGAUCUAAUAAGCAAUCGUCAUUACACAAUAGACGAUUGCAAACAGUUGUAUAUACCAAUCGAAUCGUUUUCGCAUCCUCUACAAGGUUUUCAGGCUAAAAAACGGGGUAAAGACGGAAAAGCUUGCGUACUUAAGGCUCUUUGUCAAGCAGCAAGAAGAAAUGACUCCGAUGUCGGAAAAGGCACCUUCAUGCAAGAAAUUCUCUUUUCUAUAUUCACUUUACCCAGUGGUUCUUACGACGUCGAUCCAAAAACUCGGUACGAGCUUGCUCAUGACUCGAUAAAUGAUUGCGACCAUCUGUAUCCUACAUGCUCAGAUUCCUUUUUUACAUUGAAUUAA